AUGCUUUCAGGCGGAUAUUAUCAAGGAAGUGGUGAUCCACAAGAUCCUCAACAGCAACAGCCGCAACCACAAAGUGGAAAUCCAUUCAUGUCACCAGAAGUUUUUAAAUAUGCCCAAAUGUUAACAGGUGGAAUUCAAUUACCACCUCAAUUUCAACAAUUAAAUACAGAUAAGCUUACUCAACAAUUCCAGCAAAGUCAGUCCUUAAUUCCACCUUAUUUUGCAAUUACAAGAGCUUCUUUUCUUCAUAAAAUUAAGAAUUUAGCAUGUCCAUUUAUUGUUAAGCAAUGGUCUCGCUCUGUACCUGAAGGACAAACAUGUUCUCCAAUUGAUAAUCCAAACGCUCCAGAAUUAUACACACCAUUAGUUUUUACGUUUAUUUUCAUGCUAAUCACAUCUCUCAUAAAAGGAGCUGAGAAGGGCUUUUCAAUGGACUUCUUAUACAUCUGUAUUCUUAAAUUUAUCUGCAUCUUGUUCUUCGAGAUAGUAAUUUGCAAAUUAUGCUUCUCCAACUUUGGUAUACAAGGAACAUAUCCAAUUCUCUCCCUUCUUUCAGACUUUUCAUCGAUAUCAUUUUAUCUUACAAUUAUUUCACUAUUUUCCUGGAACAGAGCCCUUUUCUACGUAUCUUACUUAUACUGUGCUGCAGCAGCCUUCCUUUGGACCCUCAGAACCUUAAAUAGUGAACAAUGCAUGGCUCAGCGCCAAACACAGAGUACACAAAUAAUUACUUACUUCCUGCUUAUUUUGGCAGCAAUACAAAUUAUUCUCUUGUACUUGUUGGCUCCAAAAUGCUACUAA